UCCUCCGGCGCCAGCUACGUAAAAGUUUUUAACAAGUGAUUAAAAAAGAAGCCGAGAGCGAGUGGAAAAGGUGGAGGCGGGGGAAGAGGAAGGUAGAAAGGCGCUGGGCCGGGAACAGACACUGUUGCACUAAGCAGGCCGAGCCUUCCCAGCUCAUUAGAAACUUUCAGCGGCCAAGAGCACAAUGGAGUGAGUUCCUUUGUAACUAGUUGGAUUCUCUGCUAUGUUUCAUUGUUUCCUUCGGCCAAUCAGUGCCCAGAGCUAGGGGAGGUGCGGCGCUGAAAGGGUGCUCGUCUUGUCCCCCACGUAGAGCUCCCUGACUUCGCUAACAUGACUGAGGCUGCGGCCGUGGAGCCGACCGAUCUGGGGGAAGUUCCGAGACGGGGUCUGGCCUCUAUGAAAAGAAAGGCCUGGGCCAAGAGUAGAGAUUCCUGGCAGGCUUCGGAGUGCGAGGAUGUUGCAGCGGAAGCGAGCAAGGCUACACGGGAGGAGGGGACAGGGCAUAUACCCAAUGAAAAGAUAGCAACAUGGCUGAAGGACUGUAGAACGCCGCUGGGAGCGUCUUUGGAUGAGCAGAACAAUCCUGUUAGCUCACAGAAAGGCAUGCUGUUAAAGAACGGGGGAAGCUUUGAAGAUGAUUUGUCUCUUGGAGCAGAAGCUAAUCACCUCCUUCAUAGAAACCUGCCGCUGGAUACUCCUUUCAGUGCCAUGUUGGCAAAGGACCGCAGACUCCAGUUUCACCAGAAAGGGAGAAGCAUGAACUCCACUGGCUCUGGGAAGAGCAGCACCACUGUAUCAAGUGUGUCAGAGUUACUAGAUCUAUACGAAGAAGACCCAGAAGAAAUUCUUUACAAUCUUGGAUUUGGUAAAGAAGAACCAGACAUUGCUUCUAAAAUACCAUCAAGAUUUUUCAAUAAUUGUUCUCUUGCCCAUGGGAUAGAUAUCAAAAUGUUUUUGAAUGCUCAGCUGCAGCGUUUAGAAGUGGAAAACCCCAACUUUGCAUUAACAAGUCGUUUUCGCCAAAUUAAAGUCCUUACUGAUGUGGCAAAUGCAUUUUCUUCUUUAUACUCCGAAGUUAGUGGAACCCCACUUCAGAGAAUAGGUAGCUCCAAAUGUCUGAUACCUGAUAAAGCUCAAGAACCUGGCAAGCCAGCACCUCUAGUAAGGUCUUCAAGCAGGCUAUUGGAAGCCAUAUCCAAACUAAAUUUGUAUGGGAAUCGGUUGACUUCAGAGAGCAACUCUUCCGCUAAAGUCCUUGACGAUGACAAACGCCAAACUUCAAACAGCCAAGAUGGUUCUGUUAAAAUAGAUCAAAAAUUACAGAAACUUUUUAAAAAGAAUUCUCCACCGCUGGCUACAGUUAGUGAGGAGACCUCAAACUCUGGGAUAGUCUUGGACUUAAACCCCAUUGAUACCUCUGAUAAAAGUGCUGAUAAUUUGGAUGAAGUGUUGACUGAGGCCUGCACUGAAAAAACAGAAGAGAGUUCAGUUAGCCAUAAUGAAUGUGACAUUUCAAAUAUUGCAGACUCCUCGGCUGCUAAAAGUACAGAUGUUAUCACAGCUCAGGAGUCUGAAAGCUACCUAACAGAAGAAAACCCUCACACGUCUACGCCAGAAAAGGAGUUGUAUGCACCAAACAAAACAAUAUUGAACCUGAUCAGUCAGCCAAAGGACUCUUUUGAGCUUGAAGAGUUGCAGGGCACAGAAGACGAACCUCUGCACAACCCUCAGACGUGCCAUUCCAUAGAAAAAUUGGGCAAAGACAAUCUGCUGAGAACUGCCAGCCAGCAUUCUGAUAGUAGCGGGUUUGCAGAAGACACCUCUGCAGACUGUCUUUUAGCCAGUCUUGCCCAAGGUCAGGAAUCGUUACAAGCCAUGGGAAGCAGCGCUGACAGCUGUGACAGUGAAACAACUGUCACGUCGGUGGGCGAGGACCUUCGGACGCCAUUAGCAACUGACCAGCCAGAAGUCACUGACUUUGACUUAGAGGAUGAGUUCUUAACGCCAAAUUUCAUGGUGGAAAGCGAGGCAUUUUUCAGGGACAACCAAGAAACUGAGACAGAAAGAUUAAAAAUGGACUCUGAGCAACUAAAUCCCUCAGAGGAAUGCAAGUCCCAUGAGGACCUACACUCUGCCAUUGAGAGUAAUACUGAAGAUUCUGACUUGCCUCAGGAUUAUACAGCUGAAAGUGAAAUUGAUACUGGCAGUGAGUAUGAAGCCGUUCCCUAUACUACCCAUCAUAUUUCAGAACUGGUGGAUUCUUAUUCAGACUAUGAAUAUAAUCUUGGCCGUUUAGAAAAAAAUAGUUCCUGUUCUCUGGACCGUGUACACGUGGCAUUGCAGAGAGCACAAAUGAAAGUGCUCAGUUCUUCAGGGGAGGCCAGCUCUAGAACUGGUCGCACCAUGAUUACUUCAAAGGACCUGAUGAAAAAGAGAGACAAUUUCUCCAGCUCUGGCUACCCACUAAGGAGGACACAGUCAUUGCCGUCUGCCCUCCUUAACCCAGUCAGGGUUGUGUCCAAGGUAAAUAUUGUUCUAACGUCGGGCAAAGCAACUGUGUGUAGCCCCCCUUCAUUCUCCUACAAAUAUUCUCCAGAGGAGGAAGAAUGCUUGGAACAAAUAGAGGAAGACCCUAACACUAACUCCAACCCUGAUCACGUCUCUCCGAAAUCAGAAUUAAAAGAUGUGCACAAAAGUGGGCCCCAGAGAAUUUCAGAAGAUCCCCAUCCAAGGCCCCAGUCUUGCACUACACAUACACCAUCACACAGGUCUCAGUCUUCCUGUUCUCUCCAUUCUUUGGUCUCAGAUUGGCAUGAAAAGUCUCUGUGUGAUCAUGGAAGAGCAUGGAGCACACACAGUGUCCCUAAUUUUGCUGGAGCACCAUGUGGGAACUUUUUCUCACCCUUCUCUUGUCCAGUGGCCUCCCGGUUUUCUUAUGGGUCUCUCCAUAGGUCUUGUUCUGGAUGUACGCUGCCCUUAAACUCUCCACCAUCUACUACUGAAAUGCAGUUACGGAGAGUGCUGCAUGAUAUAAGAAGUUCACUACAGAACCUGUCACAGCACCAUGUAAUGCGAGGGAGUGACGGAUCUGCAAGUGGAUAUAGUAUGCAGCGAUCUUCUGUCCUGCCACUUUAUGAGAAUACCUUCCAGGAGCUUCAAAUAAUGAGGAGAAGUCUUAACCUAUUUAGAACACAAAUGAUGGACUUGGAACUCAGUAUGUUACACCAGCAAACAAUGGUCUACCAGCAUCUUACUGAGGAUGAAAGGUAUGAAGCUGACCAGCUACAGGGCCUGAGAAAUUCAGUAAGGAUGGAGCUGCAAGAGCUGGAACUUCAGCUGGAUGAACGACUCUUGGCUCUUGAGGAACAACUGAGAAACUUUCAUGUUUCUUCCCCCUUUCAGCGGCAGUCUGCUAUGGGGCUGUAUGGAGGCAGGAGUACUGACAACCUCACUUUCUCCUCUCCUCUGAGUAUCAUAGAACCAGUGACUGAACUCAUAAGAGAGCAGACUCACCUAAAAUCUGAGUUGGGGCUUGAGGACUUGAGUUUAGGACAUGGCAGAGAUCGCUGUGAUUCCAUGGCCUCUGAUCAUUCAUCUCUUUACUCAAGACCACUCCAUAAAAAUAAGAAAGGAUUAACGAGCUCAUGUGACUCCGUUGACAAAUCGAAACCUCUCUGUUCACCAAGCAAAAAUGUUUUUCGGGCAUCUGUUGCUUUGACGCCAUGUCCUCCAACUAGAGCGGGUGAUAUUCAGAAGCCUGUCGAUGAUAUGCCAGAGGAUUAUGGGAAAUUAAAAAUGGAGCCAACAGAGACACCUGAGCAGGUUCUGUUAGCAUCCCCAGCCAAUGAAAGUACGAAAUGGACUCCUGAAGAAAGUAGAGAGUUGCAGCAAGUAAUACGUGAGAUAAAAGAAUCAAUUGUUGGAGAUAUUCGAAGAGAGAUUGUAAGUGGACUUCUUGCUGCGGUAUCUUCUCCAUUUCACUCAUUGGAUGCCAAAACUGAUGGAAGAAUUUAAGGUCAGGUCAUCAUGAAUUUGGUCCAUUAGCAAAAAAUCGACAGAAUCCCUCCCUGAAGUCUGGGUGCCGUGUACAACAUUCAGGAGAACAAUAUGCUGCUGACACAAAGUACUUGUCUAAAUUACGUUGUGUAUUUCUUUUGAACCGAUGUGCGUUUGUUUAGGCAAUUUGCUUUGCUUGUUCCCAAUAAGCGAACUGUGCAGGUCUGUAAACUGUAUUUAUUUCAUUGUGCUGUUUUCCCCUUAAAGAUUUGUGUGUGUGUGAUUUUGAGAAACUUGAAACAUUUUCCUUUUCUAAUAUGAAACCUUCCCACUGCUGGAGGGAUAUGGACAGUGUAGUGGAGGAAUGCAAUGUAUUUUAAUUUGUCUAGCUUGGACUCUGACCUCCAUGAGGUAUCAAUUGUGCAAUAUGUGAUUCACUUUGAGAGCUUACAACAAACUUUGUAUUUUUUCUACUGCUGUGUAGUGCCACAUUAAGCCAAUCUUCUGAAUAUUUGCUGUAUUAAAUUCAAGACAGAUAGAUAUAUAUGUAUCCCCCCUUCCAUUUGUGCUUGUGUGGUGAAUCCUACCUAAACUACUUCAAGUUCUUACACUGAAAGCUAUUCUUCUUUACAAAUAUUUAAAUGGUUUCCAGUAGCUUCGUUGUUUUUUUUUUUAAUGUGCCACAUUUUAACACUAUUUUUUUAAUACUGUUUCCCAUGUGUUUCAAACCAUUUUCAGUGCAAUUAGACGCAUUGUACUACUGAUGACUGGAAGCUAAAUACAAGUGCAAAGCACAUUUUCCCUCUGUAGCUCUAUCCGGUCAUGUGGGUUUUAGUUCCUCUCUGACACUGUUUGAAGUUGAUCUCAAACCAGGAAUGUUGUGGCACAUUGUAUAUUGUUGGGAAUUUCACGUAAAACCUUUGAGUAGGUUUCAUCACUUAAUGUUCUGCUGAGCUCCACCUAGAAGAUUAAUUGAUUCUAAAUGUUCUUUUUGAAAAUAUAUAUAUACACAGUACACAAGGGCUGAUUUCUAAAUAUAUAAAUAAAGUAUUUAUUUUGCAUAAA